GCGCCGAGGGCGGCGCGGGCGCAGCAGCCAUGGGGGCCCUGACCAGCCGGCAGCACGCGGGCGUGGAGGAGGUGGACAUCCCGUCCAACUCCGUGUACCGCUACCCGCCCAAGUCCGGAAGCUAUUUCGCCAGCCACUUCAUUAUGGGAGGAGAGAAGUUUGAUUCAACUCAUCCCGAAGGCUACCUGUUUGGAGAGAACAGCGAUCUGAACUUUCUGGGGAACAGACCAGUUGCGUUUCCUUACGCUGCCCCUCCUCCCCAAGAACCAGUGAAGACUCUGAGAAGCCUGAUCAACAUCCGAAAGGAUACACUAAGACUCGUCAAAUGUGCCGAGGAAGUGAAGACCCCGGGGGAAGAGGCCGGCAGAGCGAAAGUCCACUACAACGUGGAGUUCACGUUUGACACAGAUGCUCGGGUGGCCAUCACCAUCUAUUAUCAGGCCACCGAAGAGUUCCAGAAUGGGAUUGCCAGCUACAUCCCCAAAGACAACAGCCUGCAGUCAGAGACGGUGCACUACAAGCGUGGAGUGUGCCAACAGUUCUGCCUGCCCUCCCACACCGUGGACCCCUCCGAGUGGGCUGAAGAGGAGCUUGGCUUUGACCUGGACAGAGAGGUUUACCCGUUAGUGGUCCAUGCUGUGGUGGAUGAAGGAGAUGAGUAUUUUGGCCAUUGCCACGUCCUGCUGGGCACUUUUGAAAAGCACACAGACGGGACUUUCUGUGUCAAGCCCCUCAAACAGAAACAAGUAGUGGAUGGGGUCAGCUACCUCCUUCAGGAGAUCUAUGGAAUUGAAAACAAGUACAACACGCAAGAGUGUAAGGUGGCUGAGGAUGAAGUGAGUGAUAACAGUGCCGAGUGUGUGGUGUGUCUCUCAGACGUGCGGGACACCUUGAUUCUGCCCUGUCGUCACCUCUGCCUGUGUAACACCUGCGCCGACACCCUGCGCUACCAGGCCAACAACUGCCCCAUCUGCCGACUGCCCUUCCGGGCACUGCUUCAGAUCAGAGCCAUGAGGAAGAAACUGGGCCCUCUGUCCCCAACCAGCUUUAACCCCAUCCUCUCAUCCCAGACAUCCGACUCAGAAGAGCAUUCAUCCUCAGAGAACAUUCCACCGGGUUAUGAAGUGGUAUCUCUUCUGGAGGCCCUCAAUGGGCCCCUUACCGCAUCCCCGGCAGUCCCCCCACUCCACGUGCUUGGAGACAGACACCUCUCGGGAAUGCUGCCUUCCUAUGGCAGUGAUGGCCACCUACCUCCUGUCCGGACGCUCUCCCCCCUUGACCGCCUGUCCGACUGCAGCAGCCCAGGACUCAAGCUCAGAAACAGUCUCUCCAAGUCCAUCUCCCAGAAUUCUUCUGUGCUGCACGAAGAGGAAGAUGAGCGUUCAUGCAGCGAAUCCGAGACGCCCCUGUCGCAGAGACCGUCAGCCCAGCAUCUCAGAGAGGAAUGUGGCAUCACCCCAGAAAGUGAGAACCUGACCUUGUCAUCGUCAGGAGCUAUUGACCAGUCGUCCUGCACGGGGACACCUCUCUCCUCCACAAUUUCCUCCCCAGAAGACCCUGCCAGCAGCAGUCUGGCCCAGUCGGUCAUGUCCAUGGUGUCCUCCCAGAUCAGCACCGACACCGUCUCCUCCAUGUCCGGCUCCUACGUCGCCCCCGGCACGGAAGAGGACGGGGAGGCUCUCCCCUGCCCCCGGGCCUCCAGCAGGACCCCCUCAGAGGAAGGAGAGGUGACACCAGCGGCGUCUCCAGACUGCAACUUCGCGGGGCUCGCCGCCGCCGCCGAAGAGCAGGAUGCAGAGGGAAAUGAUGUUCUAGAAGAAGAGGACGGAUCACCCACACAAGAAGAUGGCCAGAGGACAUUCGCAUUUCUAGGUAUGGAGUGUGACAAUAACAAUGACUUUGACAUCGCCAGCGUGAAAGCACUGGACAAUAAGCUGUGCUCUGAGGUCUGCUUACCCGGUGCCUGGCAGGCUGAUGACAACGUGGUCAGUCGUCGGAACACGCAGCGCCGACGCCUGUCUUCUGCCAGCCUGGAGGACCCUGAGAACAGGCUCUGCGUGUGGGGUCCUUUGGCCAUCUGAGAGCCCUAGCCCCUGAACCAGGGCUCUCCUCCCGCCCUCGCAUCCCAUCCUGGCCUCAUGGCACCACGGACCUCCCGGGCAUCCUCAGCAAAACACAUGGAGACUUUUUAGACCCACGUGAAAGCUGGAUGCUGAGGGCACCUGCCCCUUCUCCCAGGCUCAUCUUCCACAUCCGUGAUCCUUCCUCUCUCAGAAGGGACCGGAAGCCUCUUUUCUCUUUGUGGGCUAAAGCCACUCAAUGAACUGCAGCUCAUGAGACCCUUUGCAGAGAGUCUCUGGAAUGUUUCCACUGUAUCUUGACCUUCAGGUGGAGCUGUGGUCCACAGACUGGUUAUUUCUCGUGCAUCU